AAAAAAAAAGCAGGAAUCAGGUGUCACAAUAUAGUAUUGUAUAUUAUUAGUAUUAUAAACAUUUUCAGCUUCUGUGUUUUUUAUAAUUUGAAAGUACACCAUACUAUCUACUUUGUUCAAAAAAUCUUUGAAACUUUUAAUUGUUUAAAGAUGAAUAUUAUAAUGUUUAAAGAAACAAGUUUUCUCUACAAUGUUCACUUUCAGUUGCUACUGUUGUAAUUUUUAGGAUAUGAGUAAAAAAAUUAUUAAAUUGGUCACUAACAUACAUAUUUACAUUUUUCUGAACUCCAGUGUAUCAGUCACUGUACUAAUGUAAUAUUGUGCUUUCUUUUCUGGGGUAGAGUUUGUAAGUACAUUUUUUACAGGGAAGUAGCUCAGAGAUCCUUUACUACAUUAAAUAAAAUCACUAAUAAUCAUUACUCAUUGGUUGCUUUUGGUAUUCUGUUUGACCGUAGGUUGAAAAUUAAAGUAAUUUCCUGUUUUAAUACAUCAGCAUUGUCUUGUUGGAUGGGUCAUCCUUUUCAAAGAUAGUUGAAAAUAUCACAAAAUGUAAUUGACUUUCAAUUGGGAACAAGCACACAAAAAAGAGGAAGAAACAUUACAGACUGUGUAAGUCUGUUGCAGGAAACAGAAUUUUGGUGAGGGACCUCAGCCUCAGCGCUUGACCAGAGAAGCAAUGCGAAAUUAUUUGAAGGAACGGGGGGAUCAAACAGUCCUAAUUCUUCAUGCAAAAGUUGCACAGAAGUCAUAUGGAAAUGAAAAAAGGUUUUUCUGUCCACCACCUUGUGUAUACCUAAUGGGAAGUGGGUGGAAGAAAAAGAAAGAUCAAAUGGAAAGAGAUGGCUGCUCUGAACAGGAAUCUCAGCCAUGUGCAUUCAUUGGAAUUGGUAACAGUGACCAAGAAAUGCAACAGUUAAAUCUUGAAGGAAAGAAUUAUUGCACAGCCAAAACUUUGUACAUAUCUGACUCUGACAAAAGAAAGCACUUCAUGUUAUGUGUAAAAAUGUUUUAUGGUAAUAGUGAUGACAUUGGUGUGUUCUUCAGCAAAAGAAUUAAAGUAAUUUCCAAACCUUCCAAAAAGAAGCAGUCACUGAAAAAUGCAGACUUAUGUAUUGCAUCAGGUACAAAGGUGGCUUUGUUUAAUCGACUUCGCUCUCAAACAGUCAGUACGAGAUAUUUGCAUGUUGAAGGUGGAAACUUUCAUGCCAGCUCACAGCAGUGGGGAGCUUUUUACAUACAUCUCUUGGAUGAUGAAGAAUCUGAAGGAGAAGAAUUCACAGUACGAGAUGGUUACAUACACUAUGGACAAACUGUUAAACUUGUUUGUUCAGUUACUGGCAUGGCACUUCCCCGUUUGAUAAUUCGUAAAGUGGAUAAACAAACAGCAUUGUUAGAUGCAGAUGACCCUGUAUCUCAGCUUCAUAAGUGCGCUUUUUAUCUGAAGGAUACAGAAAGAAUGUACUUGUGCCUUUCUCAGGAGAGGAUAAUCCAAUUUCAGGCCACUCCAUGUCCAAAAGAACCAAACAAAGAGAUGAUAAAUGAUGGAGCCUCUUGGACAAUCAUUAGCACAGACAAGGCUGAAUACACCUUCUAUGAGGGGAUGGGCCCUGUACAUGCACCAGUUACUCCAGUGCCAGUUGUAGAAAGCUUACAGUUAAAUGGUGGUGGUGAUGUGGCAAUGCUGGAACUCACUGGGCAAAACUUUACUCCAAACCUCCGUGUCUGGUUUGGAGAUGUAGAAGCUGAAACAAUGUACAGGUGUGCUGAGAGCAUGCUGUGUGUUGUUCCAGAUAUCUCUGCAUUCCGUGAGGGAUGGAGAUGGGUGCGUCAACCAGUUCAGGUUCCUGUUACUUUGGUUCGAAAUGAUGGGAUUAUCUACUCCACCAGCCUUACUUUCACAUACACACCAGAGCCUGGUCCUCGACCGCACUGCAAUGCUGCAGGAGCCAUUCUUCGAGCAAACUCAAGCCUGAUGAUGACAUCUAAUGAAACCAGUUUAAAUAAUGAUGGAACUUAUGCAAAUGUCACCACAAAUCCUACCAAUGUCACAUCAUCAGCGGCAACAGUAGUAUCUUAACCUACAAACUGUCACAAAAGACUUCAAACUGACUAAGUGCUGCAAAAAGACAAAAAAUGAGCUGUAAUCUUCAAACCCAUUUUUUUUGGAAUCAUAGGGGCACACCUGUUUGGUUUACUCUUAUGGAACGUUUGAACAGAUUACAUAAAAAGACUCAAGAUUCUUCGGCCAAGCAGAAAAAAACUUUAUUAAAGAAAAGUCUAUUUUUCACAGUUUUUUUUUUUUUGUUUUGUUUUGUUUUGUUUUAUUUGUAUUUUUGUUUGCCUUUUUUUUGUAAAGGGGCAAUAUGUAUUAAUGUUUGUGGGGUAUGGAGGUUUGCAAAAGUAAAUGACUGCAUAUAAAACAGUAACAUAGUUUUUAUGGACCAAGGAUCUUAUAUAAGCUUUAGCAAAGGUACAUUUUCACCCUACCUUUUUGUAUUAAACAUAUAGUACACUUUUGUUACCAAAUAGUUUAUAUUUUUCCGCUGAGCUUUUGCUCUGAAGUAUAUUCAGGUUCUUGGCCUGACUUUGCUCGUAUAUUACAGCUACAUUUUCCAGUAAUCCCAUUUUAUUUUGGUUUGUGGCUGGAAUUAUGCGUUUUAUUUUUUAGUAUACUGAAUGUUUAUUUGUUUCAGUGCAGUAGGACCUCAUUUGACUUGUUUAUUUUCACUUAUAUGAAGUGUUUUAAAAGAAAGCUUUAAGUACUAAAUCUGCCCUGCCGGCAAUACACAGCACAUGUUACCUUAUGCAGUACUACUGCUUUGCAUUUUCUUGUACUCUUACUUGGGACCAGUUUUGGUUCCAUGAGGUUCUUCCUUUCUCUGGUUUCUUUUUUAUUUAUUUUAUUUUUUUAUUUAGACCAUGAAGUUUGGUCAUUUGUGAAAUUCAAAAAAGUAUUUACAGCAAUUCUUUCCUUGGGCAUUUUGAGUCCCAGCAAUAAUGCGUGUUUUUUAUUUGUACACUUGAUUUCAGGUUUCACUUUUUUGUCUAAAGGAUUGCAAAAGUUAAUUUCACUGUAAUUUUAGGAUUUAUGUGAUCAGUUAUUUUAGUGUUGUCCUUAUACGCAUAUAUAAAGGCAGA